UAUAAAGGUCAYUGUGGCAGCCAUUUUUGCUUCUCGUUCUAUUUUAUAGUUUUACAUAUGCUUACUGCUCUUGCUGAUGUUCGCUAACAACAUUAAGGAGGUAGUCAACAAUCAAUAUUGUCAUGGACUCUGAACCAAUAUUUGGUGAUAGAUAUGGAUGUACUUGUGAUUCAGAAACAGUCAUUUUCUGUUUCAAUAAAAGAACUGGAGACUGGAAAUGGAGCUGUUCUGGACAUUGUUUUGAGCGUCCKCCUUCACAAACUAUUGCAACACAAACAGAAAACACAGCCCAAAGUKUUCCCACUCUGCAACAGAAAACAAGUCAUUUGACAGAAAUGACAGAAAUUAUUGGUGUUGAURAAAAUAAAGAGAUUGCAUCUCUGAUGUCAAAUGCUAUUACAGUUUGUGCACAAGAAAUGAGGAGCCAAGCUGGGAUCUCAGUAGCUGUUUCUCAUACUUCUUCGCCCGAUCAAGUUAUACAUGUAUCUUGUGUUUCUGACAAUUUAGGAAAGCCUAAAGCCUUAAGAAAGACUUUUGUCGCGUACGAGACAUGUAAUCAAGUACGAAAUACCACAGGUAAUGAGGAGCCAGGGUCAUKGUUUGAUGAUGUAGGCAAUAACAAGGACGACACACUCGAUAUUGGUAAGGAUUACGAAAAUUGUGACGACAGUGGUACUACUGAUCAUGGAGAUGAUAGCACCAGUGAAGAUGGGUAUUCUAUUGGUGUUGAUAAUGAUGGCAAAAGAGACAUACCUGUUGAUGUCACUAUUCGUAAUGAUAAUAAUGAUAAAAAUCAAAACCAUGACAAACGUGGUGAUGAUGGUAAAGACGAUAAAGAUAAUCUCGUUAAUGAAUGUGACGAAAGUGAAAUUCUAAAGUCUCCAACAAAAGUAAGAAAAUCUAUCAAGCGCAAGCAAACAAAAGGCAAAGUGCCUAGAGAGGUUUUUCCAUGUACUUAUUGUACCAGAAAAUGUACGUCUAAAAGCCUAUAUGACAAACACAUUGAGUGGCACACAAGGAGCAAGGAAACAAAGUGCAAUAUUUGUGGUAAAGARUUCUCCAAACCUGGUUAUCUCAUCAACCACCUAGAAAAACACCAACAAGCAAGAAAGCAGGGCGAGGAGAACGAGAAAAAGUUAUCGGAAUGCCGUUACUGUGGAAAGCUUAUGAAGGGAGARAACCUUGACGGACAUGAAAAAACCCACACGCAGUCAAAACAAAAGCGAAUUAUGGAAUGUUCUUAUUGUGGAAAGACCUUCACAAGCUCUAGUGAGUUUGAACGUCAUGUUAGAACUCAUACCAAAGAAAAACCAUACAAGUGCWGUCAGUGUGAAAGUGCAUUCUAUUGUAACGGGGAUUUAACAAUCCAUAUUCGAAGACAUCUUGGGGAUAAACGCUAUAARUGCGAUCACUGUGGAAAAGCGUUUGUAAGAAAGUGUAAUCUAGAUGAACAUCUUCGCACACAUACCGGAGCCAGACCUUAUGGAUGUCAAUACUGCGAUAAGACAUUUGGAUUCAGAAAYGUUUUAAAGGUUCAUCUUUUGCAGCACACUGGGGUAAGACCCCAUAUAUGUGAAUAUUGUAAUAAGGGGUUCGCUAAAAAGGCCUUUCUUGAUAAACAUUUAAUAGUCCAUAAUUAAGAAAGGGCUUAUAUCAAGCUGUAGGGAAUCUUUGAUGCAUUARCUCUACCGCACACGACACCGCCAAUGUUCACGUAUGCACCUAGCUCAAGCCAAAAACCAGCAAUUCAACUUUCCCUAGAAAAAAGGCAAAUUACUAAUUUCUAUUAAUAUGAGAUCUAGACCAAGGCUCAGCGCCAUGUUAAGCGUUUGAAAGGUCUUGGCUCAUACAGCUAUUUCAAAAAAAGGUUAGUUAAGGUUUUGUUGCAAUUUGCAUGUUGCGUGUUGCUUACUAAGUUUAAAAUGCUUCAAUGUCAGCUCUGACGAAAUUAUGCCAUAAGAACGUGCAGACAAAAUUUCGAUUUUAUUAUGACCAUUCGCUGUAUUGUAUUAUUCAUAUCGCUUAUAGUGCAGUUCAGACUUGGUAUGCAACGUAAACAUGCAAAAAAAACUUAGCCAAUUUUUUGUUUGAAAUAGAUAUGUAUAUCAAAAUCGACGAAAACAUGACUGUUUUGCAUGGACCCAAUAUUUUUUCCCCCUCAUAUCUAAUGACCCCAUACUACAAACUGUUCAACAAGCAAACACUUGUUGGACCCAUUGACUUCAUUGCGCUCAUUACAAACUAAUACCAUGACACUUUCGGGAAUUAUUAGUAAUAAUGUMCCCCUCUUCCACGGGAGGCAUGGUUGCCUUUGCCUCUGCUUUGGGGACAUUCAAUUACUAACAUCUUAAAUGUGCCAUGCUAUGAAUUUGUAAAUAGCCAAUCUGARGUUGAGGGGAAAUUUGGUCUAAUUGGCUUUGCAGUGCAUUGUGGGACUGUUUUAGGCCUUUUAGGCGACGAAACAGACGCCAUCUUAGAAAUAUGUCUCCUAGAUAGCCCCACAAUGCACUGCAAUACUAAUUCGGCCCAGGUUUCCCCUCAACCUUGGAAUAGUCUCCUUCACUGUUCCCUGCGCCAUCUUGAAAGGUAGCCGUGCCUUUGCAUCGAAGCGAGACGGACGGUGAGCUUGCA